GCUUAUGUCGAAGUGCUAAAAGAAAUUUUAUCAACCGGUUUUAAGGCUAAUAAGUUUUUCAAAAAGACCGAAUUUACGUAUAUUCAAAAGAAACGGGCAGAGGAAGUCCUAUUCAACGCGUUAGAGGCCAUUGUAUCUGAGAAUGGCGAACAAGCCGUAACAGCUCAAAAACUGCUCGCCAAUUUUAGCGAGGUUGUCAACUCUGCAACUGCACUACGCUUUUGGAAUGGUCUCCGCAUUCGCGAAGAGAAAGUUAAUACUCAAACUGCACAAAUUAUAUUACAAGAAAAAGAA